AUGGCGCUAUCGAUUCCCAAAACUACCAAACAGUGGACUGUCGUAGGCCACGAUGGGCUGGAAUCACUCAAAUACAGCGAGAAACCUAUCCCUGAACUUGGCGAUAACCAGGUCCUAGUCAAGAUACAAGGAGCCUCCAUCAAUUUUCGAGACAUACUUAUCCCACAGGGGAAAUACCCCUUCGAUCUCAAGCCCGAUGUAGUCGCCGGCUCAGACGGAGCGGGGACCGUCCUGGCCGUCGGCAAACACGUUACUCGGUUCCAGCCCGGCGACAAAGUCGUCACUAUAAUCAACCAGCAUCAUCUGGCAGGGCCGAUGAAUGCUCUCUCACUGAAAUCCGGACUGGGCGGGUCCCUUGACGGGACGUUCCGCUCUGUCGGAGCAUUCGACGAACAAGGGCUCGUGGCCAUGCCAGAGAGCUUGAGCUUCAUUGAAGCGGCGACGCUCAGUUGUGCGGGGCUAACUGCUUGGAAUGCGCUCUUUGGUUUGCCGGGGAAGCAGCUCAUGCCGGGACAAUGGGUCCUGACUCAGGGGACCGGUGGAGUGAGUAUCUUUGCGAUCCAAUUCGCUAAAGCGAUCGGUGCGAGAGUCAUUGCUACAACGAGCUCGGCCGAGAAGGCGAAACUGCUUGAACGCCUUGGUGCGGAUCAUAUAAUCAACUAUCGCGAGACAUCUGAUUGGGGUGCUGUCGCUAAGAAGUUAACCGGCGGGAACGGCGUUGAUAUUGUGGUUGAAGUCGGUGGCCCGACUACAUUAAACCAAAGCAUGGCCAGUGUGAAACUCGAGGGCCUCAUCAGCACCAUUGGCUUUGUCGGUGGCGAGAGCAAGGAGCCCAUGCCAAGCCUGCUGGAUACCUGGCUCAAUCUUUUUACGACUCGCGGUGUGGGGGUUGGCAAUCGCCUUCAGAUGGAGGAGAUGUGUCGAGCUAUAGAAGCUUCACCGGAUAAGCUUCGUCCGGUUGUUGAUCCAAAGGUCUUUACGUUGGAUCAGCUUAAGGAGGCUUAUGAGUAUUUGGAAUCGGGCAAGCAUCAGGGGAAGAUUUGUAUCGAGAUUGCCUAA